GUCCUGAUGGAGUCAUGUCUUGCCUCAUGGAAAACCUUGCUAGGGAUAGUAAAGCAAUGACAGGGGAAUGUAGACAGGUGUUGCUUCAGAUUCACUACUUUUUAUCCAGGGAGAUUCUGGUAGAUCAUGAUCUGUAUAAGAGCUGUCGAAGCGAUGCUAAACGAUUGUGUGGGAGCUCUGAUGGCUGGCAUGUUAGGGAAGGAGAUCCGGUUUCCAAGCUUGUUUUCCCUUGCUUGGUGAGGAACCUGUACAAUGAGGAUGAGGAGGAUGAAAAUGAUGAUUUUGAUGAAACUGAAUCAGAAACUCUUUCAGAUACAUGCUCCGAGCAAGUAGAACGUGUUUUGCGGCAACGUGCAAUCUCGGUAAAACUAUUUCCGGAAGUUGAGGAAGUUUGCCGCGAUUUCUUACAUAUGCACUGUACAGCGCACACUGGGCCUGGUGAAGAAAUGGUUUGCCUACAGGAUAAUUUGCAUUUGCUGACCCCGACCUGCAAAGAGGAAGUUGUUAAGUUUACAGAAAUGGAGGCAAAGAAUCCAUAUCUUCAUCCAAUCAUUUUCAUGGCUUGUCAGAGUGUGAUUGAUGAAAACUGUGGUCUAGAGGAUAAAGCCAGAAAUGGACAAGGCGUACUGCAAUGUUUAGAAAGGUAUAUGCUGGAGCACCCUCCUGAAAGCCAGAAUCCUAUGAAUCACAAGUGUGCAACUAUUGUAGAGAAAUGGGAGAUAAUGACGCUAGAGGAUUUCAGGUUCAGCUUUGAGUUCAAGACAGCUUGUGGUUCCGAGAUUAAGGAACAUUGUAAGAGUAAAACUAAGAAGUAUGAUCUGGUCCACUGUCUGGUUGCUCUGGUAGUAAAUGAUACAGUUCUAGAUCAACCCCAUCGAGUAAACAAGGACUGCAGGGACGAACUCAAGUUUGAACUCCUCCAGAAGCACGGAAACCUGAAGCUGAAUCCUCUGCUGGCAUCUGCUUGUGGCUCUGACCUAGACCGUCUCUGUCCAGGAAAGCAAGGGAUGGAUGCUGUUGAAUGCUUGAAGGACCACAAACCCCGGCGACUAAGUCCCGAGUGCCGGAAGACUCUGCACGGUGACGAAGAGGAAGAAGCUGUGAACAACGAGGUUGAUGUUCCUCUCAUGCGGAACUGUAAGAAAGAGAUUAAAUCUCAUUGUUCCAACGCCAACGCCUCGAGUAUUAUCGACUGUUUGGCCCAGUUUGCUCAAGACUUUGAAUUCGAUCAAAAGUGUUUGAACAUAAUCAAACGACGAAUUACUCAGCACAAUCAAGAUUACAGGCUAAACACAGACCUGGCUAAAGCUUGUAAAAUGGAUAUAAAGAAAUAUUGUCAGAGUAUUCUUCAGGAGAACCAGGAGUACUUUGAGGGGAAAGUCCUGUUCUGUCUUAAGGAGAAGUAUAGUCAGAACAUAAACCUACUGUCUAAAGGGUGUUCUAGGCAGGUUCAGAAAAUGGUGAGAGAAUCCCCGCUUGCCUCGGCGGAUCCUCAAGUGGAGGAAAAAUGUCCCAAAUCAAUGGAAAAAUGUAUAAUUGGAGUUCACAAAGGAUCAGGAUCUCAAGAGGAUGGAGUUGUUGUUGAGCAGGAGUGCUUGUUUAAGAUGUUAGCUACGGGUUCAUUACUUGAUGGAGAUGAGUGUGCAAAUGUUCUUUCAGUUUUAGCAGAGUCUCAGAACAGGGAUGUUAAAUCAGACCGAAUGCUGUUCAAUGCCUGUUCCCUGGAUCUAGCCAAGUUCUGCAGAGAUGUUCAAAGUGGAGAUGGGAAACGAUUUGCCUGUUUGGUUGCAGUAACUAAGGACAGUAAUCUGAGAUUAGAACCAAGAUGUCAGAAGAUAGUUGAGAGUAGAGUAUCCAUGUAUAGAGUUGCACUCAAGGUUCAUCCUAUGGAGCAAGCAUUAGAACUAUAUAAUUCUGUGAUGGAGUCUCCGCAUAGAAACUAUAUAGUAUCCUCCCUAUUCCUUUUCCUCAGUAUUAUAUUUGUAUUUGGUCUCUGUUUCGGCAGAGUCACAAACCGGAUGCGAAAUGAGAUUAAGAACAGAUAAUAUUGCGGCAUUUUUGUAAAGUCCAGCACCGCCAUAUUUGUUUGUUUUUUCAUUGUAACCCCACCUUUUAUGUUGGUUCCUGACAUGUUUAUUUUGUAAAAUCCACUGAGCUGGAAAUUUGUAUUUCAGAAUCACGUGGUCGGAAUUUUUGAAUUUUUAAUCCCUUUAAAACUCACUAAAUACAUUAGUUUUGUUUUCCGACAGAUAAGAUUGAGUUCUUUCUUCAAUCUCUCAUUGAAAGGUCUCAAAGAUACAAUUCAGCUUCUUUAACGACUGCUUCCACUUUGGUGACAUGAAUAUAAAGUUAUUCGUCACUUCAUUCAAUAAUACCUGCUUCAAAUUUGCCUGAUUUUUUUCUUUCUUUUUCCAGCGUCAACGCCCACCCACCGACAAUAAAAUUAUAACAGCUGAAAUCAAUGUAAAAAAACAAUAAUUUGAUAAUUUCAUGAUUUGAUAUCAUGCACUUUGGCCUUAAUAAGGCUAUCUUUCUGUUAGUAAACAAACUUUGAAUCAUCCUAACUUUUCUGAUUGCCAUGAGUUUUUACAUUUUAAUAUAUUUUAUUUUGUUGUAACAAUCAUUUUGUAAUGUGAGUUUAAUAAUUAAGUGAUAAGCAUUUCGUUAUGUUAAUAUUUUACACUUGACAUAAUUCAGUUGUUGGUGAUUCAUUGUCCGAACUAGGUUAAAUUAUGAAUAAAAAUGACUAUAGUUCUGAUGAUGAAGCAUCGAUUGAUUUAAUUAUGUUGUUCACGUUAUUGACAUGAAUUUUUGAAAAUUUAUUUAUUGUCACAAAAGAGUUGUAUUUCUCUUUCUCAUAAGGAAACAAAAUACAUCUUAAAUAUUUUCAGUUUAUUAUUUCAAGAAAAAAUAAAUAAGUAAUUAAAUUAAAUACUAUUAUUAAUUAUUUACAAUCUCCUGUUCUGUUCAAUGUUUUAAAGAAAUCAGCAUAACAUGUUUGUGUCAUUUAAUAUCUGAUUGUUUUUUGCAUUAAUUACAUUAAGUGUGAAUGUACUGCACAAAAAUUUGCAACGCACAUUGCCCAACAUUAAUCCAAUAUCAAUGUAUUCUACGUACCACACAUUUGUGUAUCUUUUCAUUUCUACGGAAUGAUUUUAUUAUUAUUAAUAUUAUAUAUUCUUAGUGAGGGUUUACAUAAUUUGAAUGAUAGGAUUUUUUUAAUAAAUUCUUUUCAUGAAUCUUUGUAUGAAAUUUUUUCUGGAAAUUGCGGCAUGAUCAUGUUCUGGACAAGUUUAAAGCAAUUAUUAUUAAAUUUUUAUAUUAAAACCUUUAAAAGUUAUUUCUUUGAAGUGACCAUUUCAUGAAUUGAAAUCAAGGAUCUAGUCAGCAAGGAGUCCAAAGAGAAGAACGAAAUAAAAAAA